GCAUCUUGGACUCACCCAGCCCAGAGACGGUCUAGCCUUCUGCGCCAUUAAAGUCCCCUGACCUGGAAACAAUGGCUUAAUUGAGAAUUUCCAUUCUCAGUAUCAGUCUCUCUAAAGACAAAUUGAAUCAAAGAUGCUGCGCUGGUAUCAAGCUCGAUUAGCCCGAAGUCCAUUGCUCACGCAGGCCGUUGGAAGCGCGGUACUUUUCGGAGCCGGAGACGCCCUAGCACAGCAACUUGUCGACCGAGUCGGCAUUGAAAAUCAUAACUAUGCCCGAACAGGUCGAAUGGUGCUCUACGGUGGUGCCAUCUUUGGCCCUGCAGCCGUGACUUGGUACAAAUUCCUUGUACGAAAUGUAGCUCUCAAGAGCCGCACACUCACGUUGGUUGCCAGAGUGUGCAGCGACCAGCUCCUGUUCACUCCGACACACCUCUUCGCUUUCCUGUCUUCGAUGUCCGUAUUGGAGGGCAAUGACCCCGUCGAGAAGCUACGAACCAGCUUCCUGCCAGCAUACAAAGCGAACCUGAUGCUGUGGCCGUGGGUGCAAGGGGUAAACUUUGCACUCGUACCACUCGAACAUCGAGUACUGGUUGUCAACGUUGUAAGCUUGGGAUGGAAUUGCGUCCUCAGCCUCAUCAAUAACAAGAAACAGCCGCAGACACUCUAAGAACAUCCGAAGUACGGACUCCAAUAUCAUUUCUCCCACCACCCCUUGAUCGAAGACACAUUCGGCAUAGAUUCAUAGACACCAAAGCCACGACGCCCCGGUAGGAGACGGGGUAUACUGCUCAACAUCCUUCAUAGACAUAGAUUGCUUCCUCCACGGCACACGCCAGUAAUUUGUAUUAAUAAUAGACAGUUUUUUCAGAAUAUGACUUUUGUUGCCUCC